AUGGAGGGGCACGGAGUUCCGCUUGGAACCCUUAAGGAGUGUUUUAUGUUCCUUCAGUGGUUGAAAACGGAUGAGGGUAUGCAAGGCCAGGUGACUGACGCUCUGUUUGCGCGUAUUUAUACAUAUUAUAAUAAUCCGGGGUUUAGGGCACUAUUGCCAAGUUCCCUAAAUGAUUUUCUCCGCAACGUGUCAGAGCUUCAUGGUAAAAUAAGCAAAAAUGCAGAUCCAGGGGAUUAUAAAGACACAAAUCCUGAUGAGAUUGUCAAAGCAUUUUCCGAGUGCCUCCCCAAGGUACACGCUGUGUUUUCGCUGUUACUGUUUCACGUUGAUUAUACAUAUACUCCUGUGGGCGGCGGGAAGUGGGCCUUGCUGGACACCAUAACUGGCGGAUCACUGGGUAAUGGUCUUAAGAUGUUCUUCACUGGCUUCAACGGUGUUAUUGACGGUGGAUUCAAACCUGAUGAGUUGCAAAAUGUGCUAGGAAAAACACUGGCCUAUAAUUUAAACAACGCGCUUGAAAGAUAUAUAUCCACACCGGACCUUUUCACCAGCGUUCUUUUCAACAAUUUGGUUAAGGACGAUUGGCAUAACCUAGACGCUGGGAACGUGUUGCUGUUGCUGUGGGCGUUUUGCGGGUAUGUGCAAAGCCAUGAAAAAGACAGCGGUGGUCUAAGAUCGAAUUUGGAAACGGAGCUUAGACGUAAAAAUAUGUGUUUCGAUUGGGACGCUUUGGUAAGGCAUUGCAAAGUACUUGACACGGAAUUAUCUAAAUUGUUCGGCAGUACUUCGGAUGACGGUUCAAACCCGGGACCCUUCAGCACCACCGGCAGGGCGUUUACCCCUCACGCACUUAGACCCGACGCAUUUGCCGGGGCAUUCGAGAAGUGGUUUAAAGAUCAUUGGACGGAGAUGACGGAGACGUUGGAAAUUAUUAAGGGGAGCGUAGAAGAUUACUCGGAUGAUCCGAACAGUUUCGAGCCCGAAUCUAUCUAUCCCUACGGUAUCGUAUUGAAUCAGAAUAAACAGAACAACUGGGUACAGGGAUUGAAGGAUCUGCCCGGUGUUCUGGAUGCACUUGGCAAUGAACAUGGCGGCGGCCUAAAAACGCUUAAAACAAUUUUGGGAGGUCAACAGUGUCCAGCCCAACCACUGCCUAAAAGGCCUGAGGCCCCGCCUGCCCAAACUAAAACUGACAGCGCAAGGCCAGUUGCCACCAAAACUGAGGCCACCAAGGCCGAGGCGGCGAAGCCGACUGCCACUGGUGAUGAGGGAGCGCAGAACCAGGGCAAGAAAAGUGAGGGAGCACAGAACCAAGGCAAGAAAGCGGAGGGAGCACAGAACCAGGGCAAGAAAGCUGCGGAUCCCCCAAAUCAGAGUGACGGUCAAAGUCGAGAUGCGUCUUCGGUUCCACCAGUUGUAAAGUCUGCUGUCACCCCGUCUCCCGGUGCUCCAGGAGGUCAAGGCCCACAAGGGCCUAAAGGUGAUAAGGGUAAUACAGGCCCGCAAGGGCCUCCACCUCCGCCGCCUACUCCCCCUCAAGUCAAGGGGCCUACUAAGUCUACGAGUGCUUCAGGGUCAAGCUCUGGGUCAACUGGUGAUCAGGUGACUGGUCAAAAUGCUGGUCAGGAUGCUAGUCAUCAAAUUACUCAACUAACAAGUCAAGCCCCCGGUCAAACCCCAAGCAGCGGCGUUACUACGUCGGUUGCCACGGCAUCUGGUGGAGGUGGGAGUGGAGCUUCAAGGGGAGGUAAUGGAGGUAGUUUGCCGGCUGCGGUUCUGCCGCCACCUCUACCUAAGCCAGAUCCUAAAAAAUGUGAUGAUGGUUCAGAUGCAGUAUUUUUCAAUGGAGUGAAGCUUUGCCAGCCUAAAGAACAACGUGACAGAGCGCAGAAGUUUCACGAUGAUUUUCAAAAACGAUUACAAGAUGCCAAGGAACUAAAAAAGCAGGAGGAAGAAGCAGAACGUAAACGCCAGGAUGCCAUUAUAACCGAACAUCCUCUUGUUAAAGCGUCCGAUUACUAUUACCAUUAUCGGCCUCAUUACUAUAAAAUCCCUUCGUUCCUUACACUUGCCAAUGAUGGUGGAGCCGUGCUUGAGGGUGUCGCACAGGAAGAUACAUCACAGGCAGUACAAGAUGUGAACAAAAAGCUUAGGAAUGAGCAGGACCGUUGGGACCGGUAUUACGUCCAGCAGGAGCACGAUAAAAUUGAGUUGCAGCGAAGAGCACACAAAGAGCGUGAAGAGUUUCUCCGAACUUCGGCGGCUAGGCUGGCGGCAGCACAGUCAGCUAAACGACAACAAACAUAUGACGACAACAUAAAUCGGCGAGUUCACAAUGCUUCUACAACUCAGAUGCCACCCCAGCCUCCGACUAUAGAGCCUGCCGCGCAGCUUUCUCAUACCCUGACCAAGCAGCCAACAACAAUGAUGCUUGACUACAGUAACAUUGCAGACAUAACACAUGUCACUGGCGAAGAUAUUAAAACCGAACCAAAUAAGUUCCCAACGGCAGAAGCUGAAGAAGAUUUGACAAUGAAGGUAUCCUUGGCGUCGCAACUACAAGGUCACCCGGUGUCAACUUCCUUGCAGUCUGCGCAAGUACACUCACAAAAGGUCAGAGAGGCAAACGAACUCUGGGAAAUUUUCAAGAAAGAAAGAAAUGAACGCAGAGACGAGAAGGUAAAGAAAAUCGUGAGUGAGCGUGAAAACGAAAAAAAAGAGGCUGAGGAUAUUUUCAGACAGAAAAAAGAGAGCGGUCAAAAGCUGCAUUACGCGGACGCGGUGAACUACAAAAACCAGAUUAUCAAAAAUUUAAGAGGUGGUGAAGUAUACAUUUCUGGCCCCCCGUCUCCCAAAACUGAGAAAGAAGAAAUUGACCUCCGCAUAGAUGUCUCCAAGCCCAUUGUUCAAGACCCCGUGUACGAUUGGCACUUCGAUGAAGACUCGAUGCAUAUACAGGAUGAUAUACUGUCCAACACUGUCGCUCCAUACAAAUCUGCCGUCUCAUUAAAUGUUCUACCUCCAGAGGCCGAGCAGUUACCGCCGCCAACAACGGACUUCAAUCCGGAUAAUAUCAUACGCCAGAAUGUACAAAUGUGUAUACCAGACUGGUCUACCCAGAAACCUACGCAUGACGCCACCGAUAUCCCCGAGACGGAACUAUUCCCCGCCGAGGCGCCGCGCACGGUCAGGGAUAUGCUUAUUUGGCUGGUUGGACUUCAGAACCCAAAGCAUCAUGUGGCUAUGGAGAAGUGCAUUAAUGAUGCUUUCAAGAACGGAAUCGAUGUCUCUUCAGAUUUGCGACUCUCUGUUAACGGCGCUGACAUCAGCCCCGAAAAUGUCCUUCACACCAUUAAGCUUGCCGCCAUGUUUGCAGCUUCAGUGCUAUCCGCCAUUGCACUUAAGUGGGGGGUGGGAGUGUCGUCUGUAACUUUAGCGUCUAAGGACUCAGACCAAUCCAAGGACCCUGAUUGCUGCGCCCUCCUCUGCCAGCUGCGGGACUACGCCUACGCCUGCCACCACCAGCUGACGUUCCUAAAGUCGCAGUGUUCUCGAGGGAAAUAUGAUGGUGGUUGGCGGGAUUAUCCGUACGGCUGUGACGUCUCCUCCAACUCCCCCCUCCAAGCCUUCCUGACUGACGCCCUCAACUCCGAGUUCGAGACGCAUCCCUUCGACCCGCGCAACAUCUGCCUCAAGAGCCGCGUCAACAUGGGAUUCAGUAAGGAGGAUUUGCCUACACCUCACGAAACCGGCAAACAUAUUUCCACCAUCCUCACUACCACCUGCGGCGGCGAGGAUCCCUUGCUGACGUUGUGCUCUUACCUCAACUGCCUCACCAGGCGGACGCCUCGCACCACCGGGGAGCUUGUCUCCUUCUUCCACAAUUUCGGGAAUGACCUUCACAAGCCUCCUUCACAGUUUUCCAAGCUGGGUUCCGCCCUCUCCACUCGACACCGCCACUGCCCCGACUGGGACUGCCUUGGUGCCGCCGACCUCCGAGUCAUCACGGACGCCCUGGGCUCCGCACCUCCCAGCUCCAACCACCACGACAAUGAUCAUCCCAAUACCCUGUCCACAUUGCUUGGCUGUGGUAUCUAUAACGUCGACUGCCCACAACACCUAUCGCCCAUCACCCACCGGGCCUACGCCCUGUACUCCCACGCCUUCGCCCACACAUACCUCAGCUGGGCGGUCUACCUAGCAGGCAGACUGUGGGAGUCACUGCUCAAGCUUCACUGUGAUCUCGAGAACCUUCAAUGUCACGACUCUGGCUCCAAGCAUAAAUCUCUCAACCACUGUGACAAGGCCAUGCCCCUCCUCUACCUGCACGGCAUCACCCCGCCGGACGGUGUAUUGCAGCCUUCACUCACGUGCUCACAGGUUAUCGCCAAGCUGAGUGAAGUGGUCGCCGGAGAGCCUAUCGCGAGCCUCAUGACCGCCAUGGACAAUUUCCUCUAUGGCAUCCGUGCGCCCUUCCUCUACAGUGUGUUCACGCUCUGGCUCAUUGCAGCGCUCUACAUCGCCCACUCACUCCUCUACCGCCUGGACGUCCUGCGCUUCCGCUCGCACCUCCUCACCACCAGGGCCUCCCACCUCGUCGAUGUCAAGGCCUUACUCACUAAAGGCCGGAAGGUGCUCUCACUCUACCACGGCGUCGACUACUUCGAUGACCCUGCCGACCUACUUGAGGUCUCAAUAAUUAUUGCAUUCACGUAG